CUUGUCCAAUCUAUGUUAUGAUUUGUAGAUGUUUGUGAUACUUUAUUCAAAUUUUAAAUAAAACUCUAAUUGUUUUUCCCAUCAUAUUUUUCUCAAUGAGACAAUAAAACCAAGUUUUAUAACCAUCAUGAAGCAUAUAUCUACCAUGUAGAUUCAUAUCCUUUUCAGUAGCAAUUGAAGCGUGCUAUGGGUAUAGAAGUCACAGAUAUUUGCAUGGACAAAGAGUCAGAUUGUGUCAUUGUUUAUUCAAAAGGCGAUUCGCAUGACUCAGAUCUUGAAGCAAUUCCCAAUGGUAAUUCUAUUUCAGAGUCAUUUGAGAAUAUUAAUGGCGAGCAUGAACUCCAAAAUUUGGAAGAGAGCACUAAAGUAAAGGAAUAUGUGGUGGUGAAAGAAUGUACUACAGAAAGCAUAUCUGAGCUGUGUCAUAAUGAGAAAUCUAAUGAGAAGAAGACUGCAGCAAAUUCUGAAUCAGGGGUUGCACUGCCAGUGGAGAAGGUUCAUCAGGAUUUAGGGAAAACAAAAGAUCAAACUAAGUCGCGAUUAGCUGUGAAUCUUGUAACAAAACCUGCUUCUGCAACUGCUAGAACAAAACAUACUGUUCCACAGCCAUUUGCCCUAGCAACCGAAAGGCGUGCUUCAUCAGGAACACGCCCCAUUGUUGCUGUACCUGAUGCCAGUAGUGGUGUGAAUAAAGCUUCAAACAUUAACAAUGCUAUAAGGAAUUAUGGUACCAUGAAGAAGACUCAGCCAACACCACCUUUGGUACCAAGGAGGCCUUUGCAACCUGAUAAUAAGAAGCGUCCUGAUGAGGAAGAUUCUUGUUCUGUUGCUUCCUCAACAGCAGUCUCUGUAAGGAAAGCCAGGGCAACUUCUGCAUCAGCUCCAGUGUUUAGAUGCACUGAACGUGCAGAAAAAAGGAAGGAGUUUUAUUCUAAAUUGGAGGAGAAACAACAAGCACUGGAGGCUGAGAAAACUCAAAGUGAAGCAAGGACCAAGGAAGAGAAGGAGGUAGCUAUAAAGCUAUUGAGAAAGAGUUUAACAUUCAAGGCGAACCCAAUGCCAAGCUUCUACCAUGAGGGACCUCCACCUAAGAUUGAACUCAAAAAGCCACCGCCAACUCGGGCAAAGUCUCCAAAGCUUGGCCGAAGGAAGAGCUGCAGUGAUACGGUCAAAUUAUCCGAAGGAGCCAAAGUGAAAGGAACUUGUGCUCGUGGAAAUCGUCAUAGCUUGAUUGUUUACAAAGAAGAAGCUUCUACCAUUGGUUCCUUGAACACAAAGGAGCAGAACAAUGUCCAUAAUGUUAACUCUGUUUGCAAGUUUGACGAUGAGCCCAAACAAGCAAGUGAGAUGAAGGGGAUUCCAGCCAACAUAACUGAACAAGGGAAUGUGAAGAUCGUUGUCCAGUCUUAAGUUCUCUGGUGAGUUUUUUGUUUUCUUUUUUUGUUUUUGUUUUUUUCCUCCCCUAAUUUAUAAGAGGAGAAGAGCACUUCACUUCUCUCAUUUUCUUGCGAGUGUCUCUAAAGGAUGUGCACUUUAAUUUAAUUAGCAGUGACUCAUUGCAAAUGUUGUGUGUAAUAUAUGUGUAAAUUUUCUGUAAUUUAUCUGUUUAUAUAAUUAUAUAUACAAAGCAUUACAAUUUCUUUUUU